AUGGCACCCAAGGAACCGUACAAGGUUCACUCGCUCAAAAAGCACAUCGAGAACGUCAACAAAGGCUUGAGCCCCGAGUCGCAGUACAACCGACGACCGAUCAAACGAGCCGCGCAGGCACCCAAGAAGACGGCCGGUGCCGCCAAGCUCCCGCUUCUUCGCACGGCGAACGAAAGCGACGACGAUUCGAGCGACAGCGACGACAGCAGCGACGACGACGGCGCAGACUUUCUGAAGAAGCUCCUGCCUCGGUCCGGCAACCAAGCCGUUGCAGGCACCGGCUCCAAGCGCGGUGGCGGCGUCGACGAGAUUGCCGACAGCGAAGUGGAGCGAACGGCGGUCGCGAAGAAGGCUGCCGCUUCCAAGGAGGCUUCUGUCAAGAUGGAAUCGGAGUCUUCCACCGAUACCGAUUCGGAAGCCGACAAGAUCAAUGGCAAGGCCAAGACCAACGGCGUGCAGGUGAAGAGGGAAGGGGACGACACGUCCUCUGACGACUCGACGUCGGACUCUGAAUCGGACGAGGACGGCGAGGAUGCCAAGGCCAAGGCCUCGACGGUGUCGCAGGUCAAGAAGGAAGAGGACGAUGCGUCUUCUGACGACUCGACGUCGGACUCUGAAUCGGAGGACGAGGGCGAGAAUGGCAAGCCAUUGGCUCGGCCGACUGCCGCUUCAAAGAAAUCCGAGUCGACAUCAGACUCUGAGAGCAGCGACAGCAGCAGUGAUUCGGACGCCGAGGCGGAACCUCGGCCCACGACGAUUCCGACCGUCGUCGCCGCGAAAACCAAGUCGGCAUCCUCUGGCGCCGGCAAAGGCGAUGUUGUUGGCACGGCAACAAAGGCCAAGAAGGCUGGUUCCGAGAGCUCCUCGGAGAGCUCUUCCGAAGGCUCUUCGGCGGGUGCCUCAGGCGGCGACUCCGAUUCCGACAGCGACAUGGUCGACGAAUCCAUUCAUCUCGAGGAUCGGAAACGUGGUCAAGUCACACUGCCCAGCAUGGUCGCUCCCGACUUUACGCUGCGUCGGGGCGACGACGGUGCCAACGGCGAGGACGUGGUGCGCAUCUGCAACGAGGCAAGCAUGCAAGGGAAACAGUUUUGGUACUUUACGCUGCCCUCGAACGUGCCCAUCUCGGUGAUUCAGGACAUGGAACUGCCCACCGACGCGUCGGAGCAGGGCGGACGAGUCUUUUCACAAGCCGGCGGGGAUUACGGCGUGUCCUUUGACAGCAUGGCACCGAAGAGCUCCAUCCAGAUCAUGAUCCCUUCCGGAGGCAAUUCUCAGUAUCAAGCAGCCCCGCGACGGGUCGAUCAGCUGAUCCAAGUGCGGCGCAUCACGCACCUGGGCGGCGCAGCAACGGCAGGUCCUCGCGGCGACCGACCUCACCGGCCGCAGCCGGCCGGCUUGAAGGCGCGUUUCCAACCGAUGGGCGUCACGUCGGCCAUGGGCCGCAUCGGCAUGGAGCAUGAGGGACCGGACGACGACGACGACACGGAGAUGGUCGAUGGCUCCCCGGAGAAGACGAGCGGGAAGCGGAAGCUCGAGGGAGGCAGCGGCGGGGCCGACGCUUCUCGCAAGACCAAGCGAAAGCACUCGUCGUCCGAGGACGAGGCCACCCCCGGCUCCACGGCCGAACAGGUCGCGGGCAAGGGCCGACCCCGCUCCCAGCCGAAGAAGCAGAGGACGACGACGAGCGGCGGAAGCCCCGAUCUCGGAUCCGAGCAGCCGUCGCCGGCGGCGGGCGAGAAGCAGAGGCUCGUCGUGCCUCCCCCCGUUCCCGGCAACGCCUCGUCGUCACUCGGUGCAGGCACGCCCGCCAAGGUCAAGUCGAAAAAGUCGAGAAAGUCCAAGGCCGAGUCGGGUGAACAGCCGAGCUCCCAGUCUCUGCCUGGUCACGUCCAGCAGUCUCCGGCUCGACAGACGGCGGUGCCGAUCCCCCACAUCCCGCACUCGUCCCAGCCAUCCAAGAUGUCGGCCGUACACGCCCCCGCACCAGGGAAGGCUGCGGCGAGAGAGGCCAAGACGAGCGCGACGAAGCGAAAGGGUCACGGCACCAAACAGUCCAACAGCUUCCCGAUGACUUCCUCACCGAUGAGCCCACCUCCUAGCGGCCAGGCGUCGAGUCGAGUGGAGAAAAAGGUGACGCCAGUGCCGCCACCGGUGUUCAGGAAGGGCGCGGCCUAG